CUUCUGAGCUAGCACCCACUUUAUUACCUCCUGUACCUUAGCUGGACAUUACUGGGCAUUGCCAAUUGGGAUGGACCCGACCAGCUGAAAUAAUGUCUCCAAAUGCAACCAUUGCCAUACAGGUGCAGGGAGAAAUGUAGAAAGAAUUGCAAGGAAAAUGGAAGGGGAUGAAAUUCCCACAGGUUUUGUUACCAAGGGAAUCAUAAAAGUGAGAAAGCUGGGAAAUUUGGCCUUUAGAAAAUACACAAGGCCAUAUAUUUCAGCCGCUUCUAGUUAUAUAAAUCAGGAGUAUCUGUUUGGGACUGGGUUAAGAGCCUUGGAUACAGCACUUCUAACACUUCAUCUCUGGUGGACACAAGUGGCACCUGUGUUCACAUGUCCACCUUGUGCUAGAGGAGAGCUGUGCCUGUGUGAGCCUGUGUUGGGGCUCUGUGGGGCGGUGCCACAGGAUGAAGUGACUCCCUAUGGUGUCUGCAUGGGGGAUGAGUGUGUCUGUCUGCACAUCCCUCUUGCUUACUGAGGAAUUUUGUUUCAGAAGGCACCUGCUGGGGCUGGGUCUGUGUAUAAGUGUGUUCCUGGGCAUGCAUAAGCCUCCGUGCUUGUCCAUUAAUGCUGCAUGUGUGCAUCUGCUUUUCUGCCAGGGACCAAUGGCACAUGUAGGUCCUGCCUGCGUGUGCUUCCCAGUGCAUCUGUACUUAGCAGCUUGUUUACUUACCUGGGUAGGAACUGUCCUCUGACCAAAGGGGAGCAAGGAAGGGGCUAGGGCAAGCUUUGGUGGCAGUGUGAAUGUGUAAUGUGCCAUCCAUUCCUGCCAUACAUACACACCACCACCCCUGUAGCCUGUUCUGCUGCUGUAGCUCCAAGACCUGUUGUUUUUCAGGUCACUGCACUCUCAAACAGAUAGCAGCAUCCUUGCUAUUUCCCCUGAUGUGCAUCACAUUGCAUUGGUUUGUUUGCAACCAGCCCCUCUGAUCCUGUUGCUAACAAUAAGGAAUCCUCUCGUACGGCUCCUCCGAAGCCAUAUCCCAACACAUUCGCUCCCAUGGGUCAUGUCUCCCAUGCAUGUGGGGGAGAGUUAACUCAUAGUUGACACAACUAUUUUCUUGCAAAAAUGGAGAUUGGGCUGGUAUUUAGGCUGUUAUUUUAAUGUUGUGCUAUUUUAAUAGCUGUUCACAUCAAAUCUGUGGAGGAUGUUGCCCCAUCCACUGCUGUGUUUGUGCUUGACUGGAUGGCACCAGGCAGUGUGAUGAGCCCCUGAGGGUACCGAUGGGGGAACUCUGUACCUUUCUUGCCUCCACACUUAUCCAUCCCAAGAAAACCAUAAUCCUCACUUCUCUCUUCUGAGGAGGAACCCAGAAGGACUCUGAGCUCAAAGUCAUGGAUGAGUUGGCCAGCCUUCCAGCUCCCUGCCAGUGUGACACGGGUACAAAAUGCCAUUGGAGAGGGGAGCAGGGACCAUGGAGAUGUUAGUUGACCUUCACCAAACUGUCUGGUAUUUGAGUGAUCCUGCAGUGACACAGGUUGGGACCCAGGAUGCCAGGGUUUAUUCCAGGCCUUAGGAGACAGCUGGUUAGAUUGGGGUGGGGAAGGACAAAUGGAAACUAAGAUGCUGGGUUACAUGGUAGCUGAGGAAAUGGUGAUCCUGGAAAGAAGGAAAAGGAAACAGAAGUCAGAGGUCCUGGAAUUUAUUCCCUGCGUGGGUUGGUCUGCUGUAUUUUCAAAGGUAUCUCUUGGAUUUCACAUGCUGGUCAACAACAGUAUAAUUGCCCGGAUAGUUUUUCUUAUUAACGUUUGUGUUGGAUUAUUCAAAGGAAAAGGCUAAUGAAUAAAAGGAAAUUAUUAAUCUUUUGUUUUCUGUUGGAGAAGGUAGGAUAGGGGAAGCCACAGAAACCUUUGCAGGUGUGAGGAGCUUGGGUGGACCCUGCACACUCACCCCUGGAAGCGUUUCAGCCAACAGCAAAUCAUUUCCAUGCCAGGCAUGUUUUUAACGCAAGGCUGUUUUGUGCUUAAGUGUCCCUGUCCUCCUGCUCUGGACUGACCGUAAGCCUCAUAGAAGGUUGAUGUUUCUGUGUUUGCCCCUAGGGGACAGGAAGCUCUUUGUGGGCAUGUUAAAUAAGCAGCAGUCUGAGGAUGACGUGCUCCGGCUCUUUGAACCAUUUGGGGUCAUUGAUGAAUGUACGGUGCUCCGUGGACCUGAUGGUAACAGCAAAGGCUGUGCUUUUGUAAAGUUCUCAUCUCACACAGAGGCUCAGGCAGCAAUCCACGCACUCCAUGGCAGCCAGACAAUGCCCGGUGCCUCCUCCAGUCUAGUGGUGAAGUUUGCUGACACAGAUAAGGAAAGGACCCUCCGUCGUAUGCAGCAAAUGGUGGGGCAGCUGGGGAUAUUCACUCCAUCUCUCACCUUGCCGUUCAGCCCAUACAGCGCCUAUGCGCAGGCUGUGAGUAUCCUGCGUGUGUGUGUGGGGAAAGGCUGCCCUCCUGACUGUGGGGCAGCAAUGUACCUGGGAGACCACAAACUGGUCUCUUAACAAUUGCAUGGAAGUUUCCCAGCACCUUGGUACUUGCUCCUGGCUUCAGUUUCUCCAGUCAGCAGCCUUGUCUUGCACAGUCUUUGUGCGUUUCUCUCCUGGAAUGGGGGGCAGGGGAGAGCUGGAACCUCCUCAAAAUGAGCCUGGAUUUCUCUGACAGUGGUGUAGGCUGGUGGAGGUGCAUGGGAAUAAGUCAAGCAUGACCCAGUAUCUUUCUGUCUUGUUUUGAGGACAGAUCAGAGACAUGAUUCCUGGGCAAUGUCUGCCAGACAUAUACCAACUUGUGAACUCUUCCUCUGGGUCAGUGGCACAAAUGCGUGUCUCUCUCUCUCUCGUUUUGGAGCACCACGAGAGCCCUGGGCCCAGCUUCACAAGUUUAUUUCUCUGCUGAAAUUCUUAAGAGGGCCCUAAUCCUCCCAAUGCUGUCCUCGGCUCCCAGCGUUUUCUCACUUGGCUAGUGUGACUGUGGGGUUUGCAAGAUGCUGGAGAGAGAGCAGUGGGUAGCAGAGGACCAGAGGUGUUUCAACAGUCUGGCUGUGCUUUGGAUCUUAGUGAGAGAACCUCAUUGCCUUGGAGCCACCGUGGCAAUUACCACUGAUGUUUGUGGCAGGUCCCAAACUCAACAAGUCCCAUAUCAGCUGCGGUGGAGCAUCAUUUGAGUGUUCUUGGUGACUGUCAUUUUCAGGUCUCUACUGCCAAGUAUAAAGCCCAUGGAAGGAGCCUCAGAAAUUGCUCAAGGCAUGAGAGAUUCUUGUGUUGAUAAAGAACUCUGAAGUACAUACUGAAAGUAAUUUUGCAGUGGGGAGAGAGUGCAAAUAAACCUGUUCUUCUCAUAUAUGUGGACACCUCUUUCUCCUCUGGCUUCAGCAGCUACUUGAUGUGCCUUACUUUCAUUUACAUGACAAAGAAGGAACUGUUUCUCAGUUGUUGGCCUUUUCCUUCCAAAGAUUCCCCAGAAACUGCCAAAUGCCUUCUAAGUGUGUGGCAAGACCAUGGACAAGAGGCAAUACAUAUGAGGCUCCAUAAUGUUGGGAAAUUUUGGGAACCAAACGUAGAAUUUAUCCAACACAGAUUAUUUGAUUUUUCUUGUGUAAUGAAGCUGAGAACAGCUAUACCAUUCCAAGUCUUCCAGCAGAAGCAUGAUUUAGAGGGAAGAACCCCUUCUAACCAGGUACUUUUGCCAGGACCCAUCUUUUCUGUCCAGCCCACAAGCCAGUUAUACCUGAGGUCAAAGGUUGUAGCUUAGCUCAGCUGUGAGUCACCAGAUAAUCAUUCUGGUGUAUCUUCUGCUGUCAUGGAGAUAGCACUAACUUGGGCAUGGUGUGGUGGUGAAGGAGGCAAGAAUGGACCACAUAGUGAGGUUAUGAUGGCAGAAAGUGUUUUAUUAGCUUAUGGUCCAGGAUGUGUAAGGAUGAAGAACAGUGAGACCUUCUAGACUCUUUUAAGUGCCCUCCAAUCUUCAGGAACUCCUGCUGAUGACAAGAAACCAGUCAGGUCUAAGCUGUGCUCCUUGCUUAUCGUUACCUUCUUUCUCUUCAGUUGUGUCUGUUACUAUGUUGGUCUGUCUGAUUCUUCACUGGCCUUCCUACUCUCAGACCUUAUUUUGGUUUCCCCUUGACUCAAGACUCAGCCUCCUGCUUCUUCGUGAUUUUUUCCUCCUUUCCCUUUUCCUUUCCAAUAGUUUUGGUUCUCUCUCCUUUUUCUUCCUGAGCCACUGACCUCACAUCUGACUGUUUCUUCUCUUGUGUCAGUCCUGGUCUUUGGUCUCUCUUCUCCUGGAGGAGAGAUCCUGGCCAGUUCUCAU